AAACAUUUUUGCACAAAAAUAAUCAAAUUCUACCUCAUACAGAGUAGGAUAUAUUUGCAAUCUACGGGGGGCUUGCUUGUUGCUAUUGGUCAAUGGUGCAAAGUUUUUUCUGACUCAGUGGUGUUUGAUGAUGUCAUGUUGCUCACGAGUAGAAGGCUGAGCUUUUUUUACAGUCAUAGGUCUGAGUAGGUGAGGAGAGUGCAAACUACAACUUUGGAAAAGAUUCGGGAAAUACAUUUCUAAUCAUACGGGGUGGAAACAUUUUCACCUAUUGGAUUUAUUGCUUGAGGAAUUAAUUUCUGUACAAUGGGGGAUUGACAUCAAGGUGUCUACGUCGUCUUUGUAGAAAGGCAACACUUUUUCCAGCCAUGGAACACUACAGUAGAUAAGGGACAGUUCUUGUGAAAGUCCCGUUGAUGUCAGAUCUUGGAAACGAAUGCUUUCGCGUUACUAGGAUUAACUGGUUGCUGGACAGUUCCAUUGGCGAUGCCACCCCAGGGCGACGGAGAUUAUAAACCUGUAGCGGUGUCGGCGAAGGUCCCACCGGUUCCUCCUCCGAGGGUUCGGAGCAGAGAGUCGUUUUCGGGCUCCAAGUGUCGGCCCGGUGGCGGAGAGCGCAAAGUGAAGUGUGUGCUUGUCGGUGACGGCGCAGUUGGGAAGACGAGCUUGAUUGUCAGCUACACCACAAAUGGAUAUCCAACUAAAUAUGUCCCAACUGCUUUUGAUAAUUUUUCAGCGGUCGUGGCAGUUGAUGGCAAGCCAGUUAAACUGCAGCUUUGUGACACAGCUGGGCAGGAUGAGUUUGACAAGCUGCGUCCGCUCUGCUACACCAAUGCAGACAUCUUCCUGCUGUGCUUCAGUGUCGUCAGCCCCUCCUCCUUCCAGAACGUAACAGAGAAAUGGGUGCUGGAGAUUCGCCGGCACUGCCCGCAGGCGCCGGUGGUUCUGGUGGGCACCCAGUCAGACCUGCGGGAGGAUGUUAAUGUUCUGAUUGAGCUGGCCAAGUACAGAGAGAGGCCUGUGGUGCCCCAGGAGGCCCAGCAGUGUGCCGAGGACAUGAGGGCCGUGUCAUACAUGGAGUGCUCGUCACUCACCCAGAAGAACCUCAAAGAGGUGUUUGACGCAGCCAUCGUGGCCAGCAUCCAGCACUCCGACAGUCAGCAGCAGCAGCAUCGACUGAAAAAACGGACUCCAGACAAGAUGAAGAAGCUUUCUAAGUCAUGGUGGAAGAAGUACUGUUGCGUGGUUUAGCCUCGAUCUGUGUGACAGGACGAACACAUGGGUUCCAAUUCUGCUUCCAUGUCAGCACGUUAACAGACUUCAGUGGCAGUAAGGAAAACAGUGACUGGAAUAUGGACGAAGGUCUGGUCUGGAGUAUCUGAGUUAUGUGUAGGUUAGGCCUCAAUGACCCCAUGCUAUUUUUGCUUUACCAACGUGAGCUGCACUGGAGACAGAGCUGACUUCCCUCAAAGUCUUCAUUGACUUUCCACUGCCUUAUAUCCAUGAUCCUGGGGGGACACAGCUUCUACAUGGUCAACCGUGGAAGAUGAAGCCCCCUUGAUAACCAGGAGGGCUUAUGUUGUUAUAUCAUUGUUUUAUUAACCUGGUUUACUCUGACCUUUCCCAUGGUAAGUGUACAGUAUGUAAACUCAGAUUCUAUUAGCAUAUGAGAUUGAGUCAACUUUCCGAUGUGGGAUUUACCAUCUCUUUGAUUUAGCAGUGCCUAUGGUAAAAAAAAAAAUCUGUGCAGUAAUCAGAUAAUGCGAGUUCAUUAUUUUAAUGCUUGUUCUUUCAGCCCAUAUUGGAGAGCCUCAUUUGGCUUGUUGUCUAAUAUACAAACCACUCAGAAACAUAGAAAAUUGAGCUCUGCUAAUGUUUUUCAGAAUUUCUAACUGUUGUUUACAUUAGGACACACAUUAGGACACUGUCCAAGCUCAUAUGAGGGUCACAGUCUCUAGCUAUGUGCUGGAAUUCUAACUAGACUUGUUGACCUUUGGUUCAAUUCACCAUAGCACCACCUGAGGAGUUUUAAACAAACACCACCAUGGCAACAUUUAAAGGGCUCCUUAUGUGCAUCAAAUGCAUGUGACAUGUCCCCUAUUUAUUUAUGUCAGAAGCUAGGUUUCCAUCCAAUUGGGGAUAACCUAGCUACUUUCAUGAUAAUAUUCUAAAAUCCACAUAAAGAAAAUAUGUGCAUUUUCCCUCCAUUGGUCUUUCACCACCCUGUGAAGUUCAUCAUGACAUAUUUCAUCUGUAGCCUAAUAAACUGCAUGGUUUCCUGAGUCAUAGUGGGAGGACCACACAGCAUAUCAUCUCGUGACUCCAAGUGACUACUUCGAUAUGAUGGUUAUUAUAUCAAAAGUUGCGCAUAAAGAUGUUUCCACCGCCAUUUCUCUCAUAAUUAAUUCUACUGACACAAAAAGAUCCCACAAUGUCGAACAAAAAAUUAUCUGUCGGCAUUUAUAUCAUUGUUCAGAAAAUUCCUGUUUCUAUCACAGCUGUCAUGAUUUUUUUAUAUACGGCAUGACUACUCGCAUAAAAACUAUAGAUGGAAAUGUGGUUAGUAGGUACACUAUAUAUACAAAAGUAUGUGGACACCUCUUCAAAUGAGUAGAUUUGGCUAUUUCAGCCACACCCGUUGCUGACAGGUGUGUAAAAUCGAGCACACAAUCUCCAUAGACAAACAUUAGCAGUAGAAUGGCCUUACUGAAGAGCUCAGUGACUUUAUAGGAUGCCACCUUUCCAACACGUCAGUUCGUCAAAUUUCUGCCCUUCUAAAGCUUCCCCGGUCAACUAAGUGCUGUUAUUGUGAAGUGGAAAGGUCUAGGAGCAACAACAGCUCAGGCGCGAAGGGAGGCCACACAUUGCUCACAGAACGGGACCGCGGAGUGCUGAAGCGCGUAGAAAUCAUCUGUCCUCGAUUUCAACACUCACUACCAAGUUUCCAACCAUUUAAGGAAGCUACGUCAGCAUAUCGAGAGCUUCAUGAAAUGGGUUUCCAUGGCCCAAGCAGCUGCACACAAGCCUAAGAUCACCAUGCGCAAUGCCAAGCAUCGGCUGGAGUGGUGUAAAGCUUGCCACCAUUGGACUCUGGAGCAAUGGAAACACAUUCU